CACCACACUAGACAUCCGUGCACCCUCUCACCUCUCCUGCAUGUAAAGCAGAACCCUAAAGGCGGGAAAAUUUCGGAAAAUCUCCGACAGUCCUCAGAAAUUUCUUAACUCAAACACCAUGAAUGAAAGGAGGCUCUAGGCCCGUCACCCAAGUUUACCCAUUUUCUUUCUCUUAUAGGUAAAUGUUCCAACACCUAUUUAUUUAACCUUCUCACCAUCCAAACAGCCCAAUAUCGUACAUUAUCAGCUGUGGACUGGAUUCUAUUUUAAUAUAAUUUUUUUUUAAUGAUUUUGAAGGGCCCUGUAAUUUUUUAUGUUCUUUUUAGCCUUCAAUUUGUUUCGAGUUCAAAGACACCCUCGUUGUGCAUUUUGUCUUCGUGAGGAGGCUUCAUUUGCUAAAAUGUUGCCAGUUUCAGGGACUUUAAUUCCAUCAAACUUCAGGGAAAAUUUUGUAGUGAGAGCUUCAAUUCUACUGAAAAAAUGAAUGAUAAAGAUUAUCAAUUUCACUAUUUGGCUCUGCUCUUUUUGGUAGAUUUGUUGUUCCUGUGAGGUGUUUGAUUUCCUAAUUUAUGUGAUUUAUCACAGUAACAAUUUCGCCACGAUUUCGUCCUUUCAGGAACUUCAUUAAGUUUUAUGCAAUUUCGCCUGUAAUUUUAGAGACCUAAUUCUUUCUUUGGUCCCCUCUUUUUGGUGACCAUGGCUUUCUGCUUAAUAUAAAUUAUUGUAUCUAGUUAAUUGCAUAAAAAUAAUGCUGUAUCUGCUAUAGUUUGUCUACAAUACUUCUUGGCUAUAUAAAGAAUGAAGUAACCAUAUAUUCUGUGUACAAAGUACGAGUUAGAAAUUUUUUAAGACAAAGUUUUGUUGAAGUAUGUAUAACAGAACCCCAAAGCAAUUUAAUGGUUAAGAAAUAUGUUUUAAACUGCAUUGACCCAUGUGAGAUAUAAAUAUUGUUGUAUUUACUGAAUCAAGUAGAUGAAACCCGAGUUUUUGUUCAAAUUGUAGCUACAAGAAAUGAAUGAAUUUUGAAAUUUGUCCCAUGUAUAACUUUCAAGGGAUUGAUUCAUAUGUGACAUGUUACCUUAUCGAUGGACUCGAUUUUAUAUUAUUUCUUUUGGGCCUUCAUACAGAUGUAUGCUAAAAGUUGCAAUCUAUCAGGAGUUUCAUCCGGAGACAAAGUUGGCAGGCUUUGCUAUCAUUUUCCCCUGCAGAUUUGGGGUUUUGAGUGUAUGAAUCAUGGUUCUAGAUUUUUAUUGUUUGUGCUGAUAAGUGAUAAAUAUUAGUUGAUGGUUGUAUACACAUAGAUACAUAUGCAUCCGUCCAUGAUUUAUGCUACUAAAUUUUUGUUUACUCAGGGAAAAAUAAAUAAUGGCCUUAAAAAGUUUCAUUUAUUAAAUAAGUUUUUUUACUCUCUCUCUCUCUCUCAUGCAUUUGUUAUAUGUUCUCAACGGAAUUAAUAAAUUUGAUUUAAUUCCUUUAACUUCCUUCGUCAUUGCUAUUACAAGCUGGAUGAGUUUGUAUGGAGAUAGGAUGUUGCUUUGAUUUUUAGAUGUUUUGUUAUUAUAUGGAUGUAAAUGCAAUUCAUUACUUCUUUUGGCCUGGCAAAUUACUUGCUAAGGUUUCUGAAAGUUUAUUAGCAUCUUAAAAAUUGCAUUGAAGUAGAAAUAUUUUUGUGAUUGAAAUAUGUGAAACUUUUACAUAUUGAAUUGCUUUGGUACCACACUUCAUUCCCCUUCUUCAAAUAUGAAUAAUCUAGUAGAAUUGAUGCAGUUUCCUAUAAAUUUCUGUCUCUGUGUGUGUGCGCUUGUCCACAUGUGCAUGCUCUUUUACUUUAUCCCUUAUAUUAGUCAAAAAUAGGGAUACCUAGUUAAAAUAGAGCUAUGACCAAGUAGCAUUUGCAGCUCUUUCCUUCAAACCAGAUGUUCCCUAGCUCAUGAGAUGUGGUUCCAUUGUACAAGAAAUUUUAUUUAUUAGAGUGAACCAGAGCAGGAAUAUGGCUGUGUUGAAACUAGGCUGGUUUCAGAAUGACAAUUUUACUUUUGUUCUUAUCUUGUUCAAAACUUGGUUACAAUAUCCCUUUAACCACCUUUUGUUUGUAUUGAAAUGAAUAACAAUAAUGAACCUACUUCAAUUAGCAAUUUUAAGGCUUUCUUAACUAUUGUAACACUUUUGAAUUAGAAGUCAAACCGCUAUUAUACAUCUUAAGAAAACAAAAAGGUCAAACUUCCAUUUUUUUUCUCUGCUUCAAAUCAGAAUAGGCACUUUGUACUGUUUUCUCUUUCGGAUUCUUUUUUCCUUUUUAAAUUAUGAAUAAUAUUUAGUCUGCCAGAGUAGCCCAGUUGGUCAGGGCGAAUGUUGGGAGGUGUGGUCCCUGAAUCUUGCUACUGAUGAUACCUUGAUUUACUUGGUGCUGGUUGUUAGAGUGUGGUCAACACCCCAAGGUUUGGGUCCCCAUGGAGAGUCUUAAGGGCUUGGCCAUAGAAGGUUCCUCAGUUAUCGAAAAAAAAACAAAAUUAUAAAUAAUAUUUACUUAUGAUUUAUGCUACUCUUAAAUUCUAUGCUAUCUCUUUGCUUUCAUUUCCAAUUGAUUUUCGUACCGUCUUACCUCAAUUCUAGGGAACUUUAGUUCCUAAAAAGGCACAAGGUAUAAAUUAUGGGGUGUAGUGUUAUCAUAUAUUAGACUUUUUGGGAUGUUGUGUUGUUUUAAACCUUCUUAUAUACAUGAUUUGAACUUAGUUUUCACCGUUGGAACCAAAAUUAAGUGUAGUUUUUACCUUGAAGGCUUGAACAAGUAUAGCACAUACUAAUGGAUUGGUUGCAUUAUUUUAUAGUAGGUAAAUGGAAAGUAAUAUCAAUAUAUUGCUAUCUUUAUUUUGGAGGGGAGAUCAUAAAGGCUGACAAUGGGUCCAUCAAUUAUAAAGGUGGAUGUACUAAUGGCAUAUGUAUUAAUCAAGGAAUCUCACAUGCUGAAUUUGUUUUUAAAGCAAGUAAGAAAGUCCAAAUUGACCCAUCUAGUCUGUCAUUUAAGUGCACCUUGAAGUUUGAUAAAUCUUUACUCCAGCCAUUGGAUGAUGAUGAUGACAUAUAUAGCAUGGUCCUCUUCAAUGACGGUUUCUCAAGAGUCUAUGCAUUUGAAGCUCAUAAUGGAGGAGUAAAGCAAGGAGUAAUAGAUGAACAAAGCACUUUUGUUAAUGUGGACAACAAUCAUUUUUCAUCGCCAUCAUCAUCAUCUCAAGGUGUAAAUGAUGAUAACAUCAUUCAGAGACAUGAAGUUGCAUCAAGAUGCAUAGAGUUAGAAGCAAUUCCUCCAGUUUCAAGUACUCUUGGAAAGGCUAUAUCAGGUAGUGGGAAAUUUUUACAAAUGCUGAUGAAUUCCGGAAUGCACUAUACCUUACCUCCUUAGCUGGACGAUUCAACUACAAGUUCAAGAGGAAUUCUUUAAAGCACAUGACUGCAUGUUGCACAGCUGGUGGAUGUCCUUGGAAGAUAACUGCUCGUGGUGUUGGGGCUACCAAAAUUGUGAGAGUGCACACAUUUGAAAACUAACAUAAUCAUUCUGCACAGGAGGAGUCUUCAUCAGUGCCUGCAUUACGACCAAAUAAAGCGGCUCUUCUAAUUGAUGAUAUGAUAAGGGCUAACCCUGAUUACCUGCCCCGUCAAAUCUGUGAAGAUUUUGAAAGGCAGCAUGGAGUGAAAUUGACCUACAAUCAAGCUUGGAAAUGUAAAGAGAAGGCGAAGGAGAGAAUAUUUGGUCUUCUACACAAUUCAUAUAAGUUGCUGCCCUGGUUAUGUAAGCAGUUAAUGGAAACUAAUUCUGGGACAAUUGCUGAAUGGACUUCCUCAGACGAAGGUAAUUUCAUGCAAUUGUUCAUUGCACAUGGAUUUUGUGCAUGGGUUUUUAAUGGGAUGCCGACCUAUCAUAUCCAUUAACUCAUCCAACUUGAGUGGGCCACACAAAGGUGCUUUGUUUUCAGCCUUGGCAUAUGAUGCUGAUGAUGACAUGUUUCCAUUAGCAUAUGCCAUUGUGAGUUCGGAAAAUUAUUAUAACUGGUUUUGGUUCUUACAGAGGCUAAAGCAGUUAGUUGGUGAAAUGGAGGUGGUCAUCAUUUCUGGAAGGCAUCAUGCGAUUAUUCGUAGUGUUGCAGAGGUUUUUGGAGUUGAAAACCAUGCAUAUUGUUAUUGUCAUCUAAAGGAGGACUUUAGCCACCAGUUGAUGAUGGGAAGGGAAGGUAAAGAUAACGCUCUUAAACUACUUGAUGCUGUUGCAUAUGCAAGGUUAGAAAUUGGUUACAACAGUGCAAUGGAGAACUUAAGGAGAUUUGAUGCUAACUUGGCCAAAUGGGUUGAAGAUAACAAUCCUGAACACUGGGCGAUGUCAAAGUUCCCUAAAAAGCGUUGGGACAAAAUGAAUACUAAUAUCUUUGGGUCAUUUAGUGCUUGGGUCAAAGAAGAACAACAUCACACAAUAUUUAGUUUCAUUGAGAAGCACAUGGAUAUGCUAGCCUCUUUGUUAGUUGAGCAUAAAACCACAAUGCAGAGUUGGGAAAGAUCCAUUGGCCCAAAAACUGAGGAUAAACUCUUGCAUAACAUUGCCAAAAGCGAAACAUUUUCAGAUGGGAAGGCAAAGAUAAGUGUUGACUUGAGGCAGCAUACUUGCACUUGUUUGGCUUGGCAGAUGUCGGGCAUCCCAUGUGAGCAUGCAUGCGCAAUGAUACAGAAGAUGAACCAAGAUAUUUAUGAAUUUGUUGAUGAUUGGUAUCAUUUGUUCAAGCAGGAAAUGGUUUAUUCUGGCACUUUGCAUCCACUUGAGUUUCAGAAUCUGCCAACAGUUCAUUCAAAUGGAAAUGUGCAUGAUCCAAAUGGUUAUGUGCAUGUUUCUCUUGAUCCUCCUGUUACAAAACGUUGUCUUGGAAGACCUCGACGGCAACGAAUCAGGCCAAAUUUAGAGAACAGAUAAUUGUACAUUGCUCUCAUUGCAACGGGGCCAGUCGGAAUUGUGCUACCUGCAAUGAUCCAAAUAUCUGAUCUAAAUCUUUGUAUGAUUUGAUGUCCAGCUAUUGCAGACAUUUGAUCUAACCUUUUUUACAUAUUGUAUUUGGUUUUCCAAAAUUCUAUCUGGGUGUUAUUUGUAACUGAGUGUGUUAUGACCUUUUCAUAUUGUUAAGUUGCUCCUGAUUCUUAAUGCUCAAAUUGAUCAAAGAAUUAUGAAAUUGAUCUAUUAGUUGUUCUUCAAUAUGUUUGUCAUGGAAGUUUGAACUGGUUUUUAUUACUCUUUCCCCUAGUUUUGUUUGGGCAGAAAUUUUAAUUUUACCAUUCCGUUUUCAGUAGUUACACUCUAAGGUAUGCAUAGUUGUUGAAGCUGGUGUUUGAUUGAAUGAAUUAUUCCAUGUUUGUGACAAUGGUUAGAUUCUUUACACUAACAGCUCCAAAUUUUGUGCCUUAAAAAUUCAUCUUAUGGAAUUCUUUUUACAGUUUCACAUUUUUUCAUAGGCAUGGCCUGGACGAGAGAUUGAGAUGAUGGUGGCUCUUCCUGAGGGAACAGAGACAUGAGUAAUUUUGAAGGCAAGAGUGUCCUCUUUCUGAGGAAACCGAGUUCCAUAAAAGAAACAGAAUCCAGAGUUGAACAAGUCCAAGAUAGUUGGACGCUUGGAGCAGAAGACAUCUAAUUCAUCUGAAUCUUUCUGUCUAUUUUUAAUAUUCUCCAAAAGAGAAGACUAAAAAAAAUAUAUCUUAUUUUAUAGGUUGAGUAUCAAGCCAAGUACAAACUGCUUUAUGUGUGUAUGGUGAAAUUAAAACCAUCUUUUUGACUCAUUUUGGAGCCCCCUUCCCAUUGUUUGUGCAGGAAAUUUUGUAGAAUAUUUUGCCUUUUUCCUUGUUUAAAAAUACAUAUGGUUUGUCAAAAAAAUGUUACCUUGGGAUUUGUGUGGUUUAAAUUUCAUACUCUAGCUGUUUUAUCUCUCCAAGUGGUAUGUCCCCAGGUAGGUGUUCCCUUGUAAACAAUGUGUGAGUUUAUUAGUGCAAUCUUUACUGUCAUGACUGAUCAAUGACUGCUAGAAAUAUUGCUUUCGUUAACAGUGUCAACUAUCAUGAAUUCAGUCUUAACUCUUUAUCAGACCAUGAUUUUUUGUAGUUCUGCCUAUUCAACAAGUAAGCCCCAUCCUUUUAGGCACGUGAUCUGGACAUUUCAAGCAUUGAUUGUAUGCUCUUUACUACUAUAGGGAUACCUUGUCCAUGCUAAAUAUUCAUGAUGUAUGUGCUAGCUCUCAUUGACAAUCUUGAAACAAAGAACAUGUGCAGGUGUCCAUUAAAAGGUCCAUCCAUUAGUAUGGAGCCCCAUAAAAAUCACUGAAGAUAAUCCUAUUUUUGCACAAACCUUCUCCUUGCUUCAACCCCACAAGUAAAUAUUAGCAAAUAACCAAACUCUAAGUCACAAAUUUAAAACAAGGUCCCUGUGUGAUAAUCACAAACCAUCUACCCCUCAGAACAAGCCCAGGACACAUCACUUUCAUUCACUCACCAUGUUUUAUAAUUGAGAAGAUGUAAGCAUUAAAAUUCCUGGUUCCUGACUCUGUUUUCUCAAUGGAACAUGCCAAUGUCAACCAGAACCAAGUCCAGAAGGUGUUUGACUAGUAGCUAAAACCAGUGGAGAUGUAGAAUCAGUUAUUUUAUUUUCCAUAUUUGUUUUUUGUUUGUUUUUUGUUAUUUUAUUGAUCACAAAAAGUGUUUGAACAGUAACUGUUAAGAACAUGAAAGAUUGAUUUGUUGUUUUUGGGUUUUUGUAUUGCUUUCAACUAAGAAGUCUAGAAGUAAACGUUUUCUAUUAUUUAGGAAUAUGUCCCAGAAUAAUUUUAUUUCAGUUAAUUUUGUUAUUGUGUCGAAAAUAAGUUGUAACCAUCUGAGUAUAGUAAUAUUUAUGGGAUUAGUGUUUGGAGGGGGAGUUGAAGUUUGAACCCUUUUCCUUAUAUCAUUGUUAUCAUCAUCAUUAUUGUUUAUCUUUGCUGCCAGUAGAGUUACAUAUUACAAAUUCACAGCUAAAUAAGACAGUCUAUGCAGAUGCAUCUCCAGGAGCACUUCGGCUCCCAUCCCUGCACCAAAUCUCAGCCCAAGCAAGCUGCCUGGAUGUGGUGGUGAAGUUUAGGUCAAACAAGAUUCCAGGUUCUUAAUUGAAACUUAGAAGUGGGUACUAAUUUGUAUGCUUUAGAAUUGUUACUAUAGGCCAUUAGCCAUCAAAUCUGUUUGAACAUUUUCUUCUUCAAUUGUGAACAGAAUGCAUUUUGGCAUGAUUUUUAGGAAAUGGAAUUGGCCUUUGGAAAUUCAA